GUCCCACCCAACCCGGGGCCCACGGCAGCUGCUCAUUCGCUAACGGAGCCGGAAUAUUGCAAAUAUCACAGGUUAUUGGAUUAGAAAAAGAAAAAAAGAGAGAAAAAAUUUAUUUUUAUUAUUAACGGUUGUUGGAAGGGGGAAGCCGCUCUCUCUCGCUUGUCAUAAAUUCCUCUUACCCCUCCGAGGGGGAGGUGAAAACCACUUGUGAUUUCCUGUCCUGUGUGCUACAAAGGAAGAAGAAGCGAGAAGGGGGGCUACAGACCAUGCUCAGAACUGCAAUGAGGAGCCCAAUGUACCCCCUCAGCCUCCUGAUCCUAUGGCUGCUCACAGCCCGUGCAGCAUCCUCUGAGUCAGAGGCAUGCCAGGACUGUUACCGGAUUGACACGGCGACACUGGUGGGCGUCGUUCUGGGAGACAUCCUCUUAACCGUCAUAAUCAUCCUGGUCGUGUAUUUCUGCACCAAGCAGACCUUCCAGAAGCGUGCCGCUGUCGGUAAGGAACAUGAGCAGAAGAUUUAUAUCAAUAUGCCCAUGAAAAAAACGAAGCUUCAUACGUCUGCGUCGUAAGCACCUCGUGACUCCUCCAGUGAAUUUCAUUCCGGAACUUUCCCUCAACGGACUGCUAUGAGCCCCCCACCCCAAAAUAUAUAGUGGAUCCAUAUUUCUACUUAUUAACCCACGCUGUCCCAUAAGCAAAGGCAGAGCCUGGCACAGAACUCAGCACUGUUGGCUCAAGAACUUAAGGAACGUAUGGACUCGGUUGCUUCCCUCACUGCCAAUUCCCAUUGAGCUGACAGUCGGAGGAUUGGAAAACUAUGUAUAUUUACAAUGGAAAUGCUGUGUCUCUUACAUAGCCGAGCAAGAAUGUUCCAUAUUUAGCCACUGUGGGUCUGUGGUGUCCUUGGGUGGUUAUCAGAAAAUAAUAGCGCCCCCUCUUGUGUAAAUAAGGUCACUGCACAGUCCUGGAAUUGUAUAUAGGAGAGUCAAUGUAAAAUUCAGGGAUUGGGAUGAGGGGGAGAGGGUUAGACAUUUAAGCCUUUAGGAUGCUCCC